AUCUUAUGAAUGCAAAUGUAAAUAAUUGCCAUAUCUCCACCACGUUAAAAAUAAAAGAUAUUCGAUUUAAACAAAAUAAUGACUUUAAACCGAGACAUAAAAUAUUUAAAUUAUUAAAUUAUUUUUAAAAGCAUUUAAAACAAUGGGAGGUUUAAAUAUUUUUGACGUAAAAUUUGGAUUUUUAAUCAUGUUUCUAAAAUUGCAUUUAUCAGUAACCCAGGAUUGUACCCUCCCGGAAGAGCUUUGGGGUAGCUGGACGAGUUCCAACCUUGAUACAAUAGUCAUCACUGGAUCGUCACCCAGUCUCACAUUUUCCAAAACGUUCACUGGACAGACCGUCACUGCAAACGAAAUGGAGUGCCGAUUUAUAUCCGGAACGCAAUAUAUUCUACAGUCAAAGGUUACAAUUCCUACGUUCAGUUUAGCCAAUCCUAUAUAUAUGUGGAUGUGUCUAGAUCUGCGAAGAACCAGUGCAUAUUCUUAUUACUACUAUCUGAACUCGCCUACAGAGAAUGGUUUCGAUGGCUACCGUUUAGUUGGUCUACCAGAUGGUUCAUUUACGUCAGCUGAUGUGUGCAUAGAAACGCUUGAUGCAGCCGAAUUUAACAUUAUGAUAAAAGACGGUUUUGAGAUAGAUGCCGUAAAUAAUGUCAUGUGCGCAGAUGCCAUUCUUGGGUCCUACAAUUACACAUACACGGACUCUACAGGGACCUCGUGUGAGGGUACUGGAGCCUACAUCAAUUCUUGCGAUAAUUCAAACAGAACACAGAUAACAGUAAACAAUACUGGCUGCUCGUCUAUCAAUCCAUUCUAUUCAACUGGUGGUGAAUUAGGAUGUAUUGCCAAUGUGUAUGACUCUAGUUCUAAUGUUUAUUAUAUUUCGCUGUACAACCUUGACGUUUCUCCUUCAACAACGUUCAUUUGCAUAGCUGUUACCCAGGCCAGCAAUGGCACCGUUUUUUUGAGCAUGAAACAAACAGAGUGUGUAGCUGCUCAAUCACCGACAACAUUUCCGGCAGGUGGAGCCACCAUGAUUCUUUCAGCGUCUUGUUUACUGGACACAGAGACCAAGAACACGAACUGGACUUGGCUAUAUAUAUUCCUGCCUUGUGUUAUUCUUCUUAUAAUUUUCAUAUUAACAUGCCUUUGUCUUGUCUGGUGGUUGAAGAAAAGAGAAAUCCGAAAAGCCAGAUUAAAAGAGCCGCUUUUUGGAGCCGACCAUCCUUUGGGAGAGAUGUCGUUAAAACUUGAUGCACCGGCUUCGUUAGGUCUUCAAAACGGGUAUUUAGAUCGUAAAAGAGAUCUCCUCGAAAAGUCAUCUCCCACUAAAAAUAAUGGAGGUGGUGAUGAUAUUCUGGGAGAACAGUCGUUGAACCUUAACCUAGCAGCACAGACAUGGACAAAAUUUGAAGUUGGAAAGAAACAACCUUAUACAACGGCUGUGACCGGAUCAAACGGCUCUAUUGCAAACGGAAGCGCCCGUACAUCAAACGUUACAAACAGCACCGGUGGAAGAUUGAAAUCGAAAACCAAGAACUUUCUGACCACAAGAAUGGCAGCCAAUAGUUUUAAGGAAAGAGCUAAAAGCAAAUAUCCAAUAUCUUACGACAAGAGUACAAUAUCAUCUAGUAUACGUGGCCCGGCUCUGUCACUCCGAAGCAACGGUGUGUAUCCAGCACCGCUGUCAAAGCGGAGUAAAAGUAUCGUCUUGUCUAGACAGGCGUCUAAAAUUGAGUCAAGAUCUGUGUCUAGAGCUGGAUCGAGACCGCCAUCAAGAGCUAAUUCAAGAAGGGGAUCCAUAGAUAAUCUUGUUAUUUCUAGAAAUACUAGAUUACCUAGAAGUAAAACACUGGUAUUAGCCAAAACCUCGGAUUCAGAAGAGAAGAGGCCAGAAAUCUAUACAAUGCCAGAGGAGUAUGCAACUGAAGGAGAACCAAAUGAAGUAAUGCCUAAACGUCCAAAACCGACAGCUGGGACAAGCCUUAGAGACGCUUAUCAAUCAAUUAACAAGCGGAGUAACACUCAAUUAGCACUAAAGAAACCAGGAGCUAGCAGGGGGCCGUGGCGUUAGCAAAUGAAUAAACAA